AUGGAUCGAUCUAUCUUCCAGCCCCUUGCAGAUCGACCGGAAAGUCCGAUUGAGCCUCUCUCCACGAUCCCGUUUCGCCGUGAUCGCGACUUCGUCAACCGUGGAACACUGCUUGACCAGUUGCAGGACAAGGCGUCGGUCCCCGGGUCAAGGGUGGCUCUUGUUGGGUUGGGCGGGGUUGGAAAAUCACAGUUAGCGAUUGAAUACUGUUAUCGCCUGCGCGACAAGUCUCCAAACACAUGGGUGAUUUGGAUUUAUGCCAGCAAUGCCACGCGGUUUGAGCAAAGCUGCCGAGAUGUCGCCGAUCAGGUCCGAAUACCUGGCCGCAAAAUUCCGAAAGUUAACAUACUCAAAUUGCUGCGCGACUGGCUUCAUGGAAAGCGUGAUUGGAUUCUCGUAUUCGAUAAUGUCGACGAAAUUCAGUUUCUGGUCGAAAGUUACUCCAUGGGGCAUGAAGAUACCCAAGACAUGAGGCUGGGAAGCGACAUCCAAACGCGAACAAUAUGGUCGUAUUUUCCUGAAAGUCUGACAGGCUCUAUCAUUAUAACCAGUCGGAAUAGAGGAGGUGUCUCGAAACUAAUUGAGGAUUAUGACAUCAUCUCAGUCGAUCCAAUGGACCAAGAGGUUGGAUGUUUGCUCUUUGAAAAGAAAUUAGGCAUGAAGGCCGAUCAAGAUGAGGUUAUUCGGUUGAUAAAUAUGCUGGAAAGCAUGCCGCUUGCAAUAGCACAAGCUGCAGCCUACAUUCGACAGCGCGCGCCCCGAUAUUCGGUCAAGAAGUACCUAGAAGAUUUCCAGAAGAGCGAUAGAAAAAGAACCACACUUCUCAAGUACGGCGAAGGUACAUACCGCAGAGAUGAAGAGGCUGAAAAUGCUAUUCUACUUACUUGGCAAAUUACAUUCAACCAUCUCCGCCAAGAAAGGCCAUCAGCUGCGAAUUUGUUAUCUCUCAUGAGCUUCUUCGACAGACAAAAGAUUCCCGAUAGCCUGCUCAAAGGCCAAACCGAAGACGAAGGGGACAACUGGAGUUUGAGGCCUGGGUCGGACAUUGGCAGCAUGAGUGACAGCAGAAGUGACGCUAGUAGCGACCUCAGUGAAAGUAUGUUCGAAAAGUUGCAGAGGAUGGCUGAGGACGACACACAAGAGGCAGCGGACAUCUUUCUGCACAGCCCGCCACCAGAGAAGAAUGAGCACAACUGGGAAGCAAAUAAUGCGGACGAAGAGAGCAAACCGGGAUUUGAUUGCUUUUUCCAUGAUCAAGGUGAAAUCGAAGGAGAAAAUGGGGACUUCGAUAUCGAUGGUCUCUCUGACAGCGAGACUGAAUCGACCGACUACGACUCAGACAUUCAAAGUUUUUCAAACGACUUCGAAGAUGAUAUUUUGACUUUGCGAAACUAUUCACUGAUUGCAAUUGGCGCAAUUGAGACGCAUUUGGCCAUGCACCGGUUGGUUCAACUCGCGACCCAAGAGUGGCUGCACGACCACAACGAGCUUGAAAAGUGGAAAAGCUCUUUCGUGAAAGUUCUUUAUUUGAAUUUCCCGCAGCCGAAGUUCGAGAACCGCCAACAGUGUGAAACAAUAUUUCCUCAUGUUCAGUCUGCAACGCUUCAGAAAUCACCCGCAAAUGCGGUACUCGAAGAAUGGGCUACUGUGCUGUACAGAGCAUCCUCCUAUUUGUACGAAAACAGAAGCUUCAUCGAUUCCAGCAGAAUGGCAGAGUUGUCCACAAGUAUCAGACAGACUUUGUUUGGGCCAGAGAACCAUCAGACUAUCGAAAGUGUGGAGAUGCUGGCGUUGUCAUAUCUCUAUCGUGAUCUCUACAAAAAGGCCGAAACACUGCUCGAGCGAGUUGUUGCGAGCCGAAAGCGAGAUCUAGGCGAGGUCCACCCUGCAACACUUGCCAGCAUGGGAAAUCUGGGUGAUGUAUAUCGAUUCCAGACCCGGUGGGAUGAAGCAGAGGAGUUGCAAGUUCAGGUCAUGAAUAGUCACAAGAAGAUGUUUGGUUUAGAGCAUCCCGACACGUUGACUAGCAUGGGUCUUUUAGCCGACACAUUGAUGGACAGACGACGCUUCACGGAAGCGGAAGCUCUUGCAAAAGAGGCAAUAGAGAGCCAGAAGAAAGUGUUCGGACCCGAGCACCCGGAGACAAUGAGGAUGGUGGAUACAUUGGCAUUGAUCUUCGUCGAGCAAAAAAGACCAAAAGAUGCAGAGAAACUCAGACUGGAAGAAGUUGAGGUCUAUACCAGAAUAUUGGGGAUCGAAAAUGAAUCUACCUUGAGUGCUAUGGUCGGCUUAGCGAACGCCUAUCAGAUUCAGAGACGGUUCGAAGAAGCCAAAAAGGUAUACACAAAAGUUUUGGAAACACGAAAGAAAACUCUUGGUGAAAAUCACCCCGAAACACUGUCAUCUCUCUUCAACCUCGCAUGGAUUUGUUUUGACACAAAGCAAUGGGCCCAAGCGGAGGGAAUUUUCGAGCAAGUUGUUCGCGGUCAAGAGAAGGUGCUCGGUCGAGAGCAUCCCUCCACCCUUUCGACAUUUUCACAUUUGGCGAACGUGUACAUGCAGCAACAGCGAUGGGAAAAGUCCGAAGAGAUUUACAAAAUGGUCUUGAAGCGUCGCGAGAAGGUGCUUGGCCCACAACACCCCUUUACACUGGGAUCUAUGGUAUCCAUGGGGAAUCUCUGCUCGCGCCAGGGUCGAUGGAAAGAAACCGAAGUCUUCUAUAAGCGAGCCUUGCAGGGACGGGAGAAUAUAUUUCGAGCGGAUGAAGUGCUCAUCCUGGAUCUGGUGGCAGCUCUUGGCGUUGUUUACAAGCAACAGAAGCAAUGGACGCAAGCUGAAGCUUCUUACAUGCGAGUCUUGAAGGGCCGAGAAGCUGCCCUGGGAAAGGACCAUCCAACCUCCGUGGAAUCAAUGAUGCAAUUGGCAUCUGUUCAUCAAGAGCAAGAGCAAUGGCUACAGGCUGAAGAGAUUACGGUACAAGCUUUGCAGAGCCAGGAGAAUUCCAUUGGGGCCGGAGCAUCGGCUACCCUCAGCACAAUGGCCCAAUUAGCAUUUGUCUACGAGCAGCAAGGAAAGUGGAGCAAAUCCAAAGAGCUCUAUGAGAGAACACUGGAGAGAAAAGACAACGACACAGCGUCAGAAAGUCCCGCCACCGUUCAAUUUAUGCUGGCCCUGGCGUAUGUCUACGCAGAGAAAAGACAAUGGGCACAGUCAGAAAAGGUCUAUAUUCGGGGCUUGGAUAUUUGCAAGCAGGUCAUGGGAGAAGAAAACAAUCAAUCUCUAUGGGCUAUGACUCGACUCGCCUAUGUCUACUGGAACCUGGAAACCGACGCGAAUGGCAUGGAAAAAGCGAAAGACCUAUACGCGCACGUGUUUGAGACUCGAAAGCGCCUGCUUGGAGAUGAGCAUCCUGAUACUCUCGUCAGCAUGGAGCAUAUGAUCAAUGUGUUUCGCUCAUUUGAACAAGAGAAGGAAGCUUUGGAGUUGGAAACAAAGCUUGCUGAACUCCGUGGUACUGUAUGA